CCGAUGUCGCCGGCGCGCAGCUUUCUCGCAUUGUUGUGCCUUCCUAGCACCGCUGCACUUGUUGCACCACGCACGAGGCCAGCGCGAGCAACAGCGUUGCACGCAGACGCAGACGCAAUCAGUGAUUUCUGCAAGGGAACGAACGCAUUCUGGAAGAGUCUGAUCAUACCGGUCGUGCGGGACUAUGCAGACGUCAAACCCAAGGGCACGGCUGACGUCGACGACUUCUUAAGCGUCGUGACGGCGGCGCCCGAGACGCCCGGCAUCCCGCGGCCCGUGUGGCUGACGAUCGCCGCGUCCGUGCCGACCGGUCUCAUUUGGUACGGCUGGUACAAGUACAGCGCAUCAUCGCGGCGUCGCAAUAGCGUUUUUGUCUCCGUAACGUAUGAUGCCCAUCUCUCGUAGGUUGAGGAAGAAUUGUUUCAAUACGAGCUCGAGACGGAGGGCCGCGUCAGCGGUUGUGGAGGCUACGGCACGUUGUUUCCCUUUGUUUUCGGCGUGAUCAUCGGCGGACCUCUCGCGCUCGUGGGCUUUUCCGGCGGCGACGCCAUCCUGGAAGCGGCAGGUUUGUGGAUAUUGCUGGGCCAGGUCAAUCUGUACCGCCGCGUGAACGAUUGCUUUCCCGGCGAGGAGCCCCUACACGCGUGGUGGGCUCUACUCCCGCCACCACUCGACGUCGUCGUCGGCCUGCGUCAAGUGCAUUUCCUCAGCGAAUUCUGGAAGAAGGAGAGGUCACUACCAGCCGGCGGCGACGCGGUCGCCGAGAAGUAUUUUCCAUUCAUCAGCGCGCCGCGCUUCACGCUGAAAGAGUUCGCGCGGACGCCAUCGAUGUGGUUCUGGUUUACGAAGGACUGGGACGACUUCGACGUGCCUAUUCUGAAGGACUAA